AAGAUAGUAGAUAGGUACGUACGCACGUACGUACAUAUAGAUAUAGAUAUAGAUUGCUAAGCAAUUACGCGUAGCGCGGGAAAUAUUUGAAAGUGGGAGACUGGCCCGAGGAGUCACGUGACCGGUGACGUAAUGCGCAAAUGUCGCUGCGCGAUAUAAUCGCACGCGAGAAGCGAGCGGCCCGGUAGACAGGCAGGCAGGCAAGUAAGCAGGCAAGUAAGCAAGCAAGCAGGCACCAGGCAGGCAGGCAUCCCUUCGUGGCCGUGUCUCGGCUGAAAACUCGUCGGUCUGCAUUCCAGUGUCGCGGACGUUGCGCCGGACGCCAAGCGGACGUCGCGGCGAAGCAGCCGAGACACGAGAGAGAGAAAGAGAAAGAUAGAGGGAGAUCUUACUCGCGUCCCUUCGUGUGUUACCUCGUUCCCUUCCACUUCUUCAGAUAUCUAUUUUCAUUAACAGUGCGAUCGUGCUCUACGUUCUACGAAAGAUGAAGUGAAACGUUAAAUACCGGCCCUCGUACGUCGUUCCCCGUUCGUCGUAAACGGAGGGGAAGAAGAGAACGGCAAUCUCUUUCGCGGGGAACGUCCAAGAGUCGGUGCGUCUCGUCGUAUAGAAAAGAGAGAGAAAGUGAGAGAGAGAGAGAGAGAGAGAGAGAGAGGAGAUUUAACGCGCGAACGAAGCACCGAGUAAAAUAGGAUUCAAAAGGAAUGCGUCAAGAUGGGAUCCGUCUUCACCCUACGUGGCAUCGUCACCGCUCUUGUCUACGCCUUGUUGCAUCCUGCAAACGAGAAUCUAAAUCGUUCAACUCCGACGAUUCGAGAAAUGUUUACGAGGAUCACGAAAUUGGAGGAACACUGGAAGUUCUUGCCAAAGUAGCUUCGUUUAAUUACACCAAGCCAAAGAAGACACCGGCAUGGCGUAGAAUCGGGGCAGAGACAGGAGCUGGGCAUGUCCUUCAAUUGGCAUCCAAAACCUUUGGCCGCGCCGUUGGGGGAUGACGUGAAUUUCGAGUGCAACCUCAAUCUUCCACCGGAAAGAUUUCAAUGGCGGCACAGGCCUCUCGGCUCGGACAAGUGGACGCCCCUAGCUCGUACGGUGAACGCGGGUGCUGGGGCCAGGACUGCUGUCGUUGUCAGUUUCGAUGAUAAGUCGAAGGCAGGCGACUACCGCUGCGUAGCUUUUUAUGGCUCCAGUGGAUUGGCGUCCGAUCCGGCUCGUCUGACUUUGUCGACCAUGCAUGAAUUCUCCGACAAGAGUGACAUCGAAUUACGCGUACCGGUUGGUAAUACCGUUCCUAUAACAUGUCCAGUGCCUUACUCCGUUCCGGAGGCGAUAGUACAAUUUUACAAGAACGACAAAUUGAUGCCAGAAGUAGAACUGAUAAACGGUCGAACGAUAGCCAUCGAAAAUGCAAAACCCUCUGACUCGGCGUAUUAUUAUUGCACGGCUAAUAAUUAUAUAACGUCUCAAACCUUAAGGAGCAAUCAUAUGACCAUCUUAAGCGUUCAUGCAAACGCGUCUCGCCAAGCACCGUACUUCUCGAAACAGCCCCAAACCGAGUACACCGUUUUACGUGGCAAAAACGUUACGAUGGAGUGUUUUGCCGCGGGCUAUCCGGUCCCUCGUGUAACUUGGAGCAGACUGGGUGGUACGUUGCCUUCGAGAUCCGUACAAACGAAAGCUGGCUUAACUAUAAUUAACGUGCAACCUUCCGAUCGUGGCGAAUACGAUUGUGCUUGGAGCAAUGGCGUAGCCAGUAAACCACUUAAAUCUGUGAUCAUUUUGAAAGUUGCCGAGGAACCUAGAAUCGUGAAACCACCAAAGGCUUCGACCUUCUCCGAGGGUGGCGAAUUGGAAUUGUCCUGUACGGUUACUGGACAACCCGAACCUACGGUCGAGUGGUUAAUAAACGGCGAAACUUUGGUGCCCGAUAAUAACUUGGAGAUUCGUGGUUCGACCUUGCUCAUAUCGGAGGUUGAGAAAAAGCACGCCGGUAUAGUCCAGUGCGUUGCCAGUAACGAGUAUGGUUCCGAUACCGGCUACAACUUGUUGAGAGUCAAUCCAAAACAGCAUGUAAGUGGUAUAUCCGAGUCUAGGCCGGAAUAUGGUCUUCCUGGAUCCUCUAGGCACAAACAUACCAGGGGCGGAGGUAGGAGAAGAAGCAAAGAGGGAAAACGUAAAGGGACCGCGGUACUGGUUCCGCCGAAUCAGCCGAACGUUACUCGACUCUCGGACGUUUCCGUCAUGGUUAGAUGGUCUGUACCGGAGAACAAAGGUCUUCCGAUAGAAUUCUUUAAGGUUCAAUAUCGUCAACUUGGUCAAAAGAUGAACGGUAAACAGGGCAAGUGGAUGACGGCGAAUACGGAGAUACCUAAUCACGUGCGUUCUUUCGAAGUGACGGACUUGCAGCCCGAUAAUACUUAUAGAUUUAGAAUAGCUGCGGUUUAUUCGAACAACGACAACAAACUAAGUCCAAAUUCGGUGCGUUUUCAUUUGAAUCGUGAUGGUGGUUUCGAAAGCAAUAAAAUGCCGAUCCCUUUGCUGACGAAUACCGAGGCUUUGAAUCACAACGAAGUCUUGCUCCUUUGGCAAAAUCUUGACAAAUCAAUGGACAUCGAUGGCUUUUACGUUUAUCAUCGUGCCUCCACAUCCGCCGGGGAUUACGUGAAGACUACGGUCGAGGGAAAAAAUUCUACGAACAUAACGAUAUCUCAUUUACAACCGGACACCACAUACGAAUUUAAAGUACAAAGCUUCUCCGUAGACGCCGCUUCGGAAUUUUCCAAAAUCUUAAGACAGAAGACGAAAAAGGCUCCGGUCGAGCAAGCAGUUCAGCAAGUCGUAGCUGAGAACAAGUUAAAGCCAACAGCGAACGACAAGAAUGCCAACAUGUACGCAAUUAUCGGCGGCGUCUUUGGUGGAUCCAUUCUCUUGGUCAGCAUCGCAGCUAUUGCGGUGGUUUACAAGAGGACCAAGAUCAAACAGAGUCGUGAAUCCUCUCAAAGCGAAGGGAAGCCAAUAGCAAACGGAAGAGUAACGAACGGAGGUGUGACCGACUCUAAAAUUAACAUAACGUCGAAUCCAUUGGCCGGUCUCGAUGCUUCCGACGAUAUGAUCCAGCCUAAGAGCGGACAGCAAUCGUCGAUGGAAAUGACCUCCUUUCUAAACGGCCAGAACAACAACGGCAACGACCAUAACAACGAGGACUCCGUUGGAAUCGACGUGAACGUUCCCCGUAACGAGCCAGCACCCUUGCAUCAAGGAUCACCGCCUAACGAGCAACCACUAUGAACUUUCCUUUAAUGUGUUCCUUCUGAAAUAUCGUUCUUUCUUCGACCAAGUUCACGUUGAAUUUAAAGAAAGAAAAAAAAGAAGAAAAAAAGAAAUAGGCAGCUUUUACCGAUACGCAAGGUUCUUCCAUGAAAUCGUAUCAGGGUAGUUUUUUUUUUCUUUUUCUUUUUUUCCUCUCUUCUUGAUCGUGUAGAAUAUAAUACGAUAAGUUAAACAACUUAGACAUAUCAGAAUCAACACGUUAAUUGCCUAAAUUAAACAAUUUAUCACGUUUAAAAGAAAUUCUUCAAAUUCUAUCGUCGCAUGCACAAGUGACGUUAUUAAUGUAACGAAGUUAAUCAUACGUUAGUAUUGUUGCUUCUACGUUAGAGUAACGCUGGUGCAUGUAAAUCAACGAAGGACAAAUUCGAUUAAAGCUUCGACGAAAGAUCUCUUUUUCGUGUUAGACAAUACGUAUGCUCUCUUUCUCUCUCUCUCUCUCUCUCUCUCUCUCUCUCUCUCUCUCUCUCUCUCUCUCUCUCUUUCUCUCCUCUUGUGAAUAUUUGAUUAUAUAAAUCGUAAUAAGUUGUAAAUAUAAUUUGAGAUACGUUUUAUCGUCGAACGCCGUCCAAAAUAAAUGUGCUGUGUCUUAAAACAAAUCUAUUCCUUUUAUUCGAAAUUUCGUUUGGAAGCAUCAUUUAUAAAUCUAAUUUAUAUUAUAUCCGUCCUUUGGGCAAUCGUCAGAUCUGAUAAUAAAUUAACGUGUUGAAAAGCGAUUUACGUAUAGUGUAUAAGAGAUAAUAAUGAAGAGUGAUUCGUAUUGUAAAGACGCGCAGAAC